AUGGCGUCCAAAUUGCAUGUCUACAACUCUCUGGGCAAGACAAAGCAGCCGUUUGUCCCCCUCGACCCCGAAGGCCGAAGAGUAGGCUGGUAUGCCUGUGGCCCGACUGUCUACGAUGACUCCCAUCUCGGCCACGCUCGAACGUAUGUGACGACAGACAUCAUGCGCCGCAUCUUGACCGACUAUCUGGGCUACGAAGUGAAAUUCGUAAUGAACAUCACCGACGUUGACGACAAGAUCAUCCUCGCGGCACGGCAGCAAUACCUCUACGCACGAUGGCUGCAGAGGUUUCAAGAGGUGAACUCGGAAGUCAGAGAUACCACCAAGCAGGCGUUCGAUGCAUAUCUGAGGAAGAAUCUGCCUUCGCUGAGCCAGGAGACUACUGCCGAGACAUUUGCGGCGGAGAGCGAGCGAACGUAUGGGAGCAUAUUACAUGCCAAGCCUGAUAGCGAGGAAGAGCAGAGGAAGCUUCAAGCGGACAAAGACAAGGAGGCCAAGAUUAAGAUGCAUCUCAAUACUUCCAGAUCUGCGGCCGAAGCGCAGCAAAUGGCUCAGCCGAGCAUCGAGCAAUUUGCCGUCAAAGCGUCAGGGGUGCUCUUGCCAUACAUUGAUUCCAAAGAGUCAACGACCAUCAGUGGUAAUGAUCAUGCUAUAUUCACAAAACUCACUAAGCGGUACGAAGAACGGUUCUUCGAGGAUAUGAGAGCACUGAAUGUGCGGUAUCCCGACGUUGUGACCAGAGUGACAGAAUACGGCCCUCAGAUCGUCGACUUUGUAAAACGAAUCCAGGACAAUGGCUUCGCUUACGAGCAUGAAGGUUCCGUCUACUACGACAUUGGUGCAUGGGAAAAGGCAGGGGGAUCAUACGCCAGGCUGAAACCGGAGAAUCGCAACGACGAAGAACUCCAAGCUGAUGGGGAAGGUUCCCUUUCCGUCAAGAAGACCGGCUUCAAGCGAUCUGGUGCCGACUUCGCCCUCUGGAAGGCUUCAAGACCGGGUGAACCGUCGUGGCCGUCACCGUGGGGUGAAGGCCGGCCUGGCUGGCACAUCGAGUGCAGUGCUAUGGCUUCUGAUGUGCUGGGUCACCACUUCGACAUCCACUCUGGUGGAAUUGAUCUCGCUUUCCCACACCACGACAACGAGUUGGCGCAGUCUGAGGCACAUUUCUGCGUCAACGGCAAGGGACAUGAGAGCGACGGCUGGGUCAACUACUUCUUCCACACCGGGCAUUUGCACAUUCAGGGAAGCAAGAUGAGCAAAAGUUUGAAAAACUUCACCACCAUUCGAGAGGCUUUGCAGCAAGGCUGGACUGCCCGCGGAUUGCGCAUCGUCCUGCUCCUUGGAUCCUGGCAUAGUGGAAUCGAGAUUGAGCCGGGCAUGAUCAAAGCGGCAACAUCGUGGGAGGAGAGGGUCUCGAACUUCUUCAUCAAAGUGCAGGACAUGCAGCAAAGGGAGGGAAGUAAUGGAAGCAUCGAGCCAAAUGGCACUGCACAGGUAAACGGCUCGACUGCUACCAUCAGCAAAGACUUCCAGAAGGCCAAACUCGACUUCCGCAACGCCAUCUGCGACUCGUUCGAUACUUCAUCCGCCAUGGACUCUAUCUCUAGGCUCAUCACCGCUUUCAACUCCGAGAAAUUUGUCCCGCUGGGCACAGCACUGGAAAUCAGCCGCUGGGUCUCCGAUAUGGUGCAAAUGUUCGGCCUCGACUCCGAAUCACCACGAGCAGGUCAAAUCGGCUGGUCCGGCAUCGACAUCCCAGACGAGGCCAAACCUUUCAUCUACCCCCUCGCCCAGCUGCGCGACAAAGUGCGCGACCAAGCCAUCCAGAAAGACAUCAACCUUCCCGCUCUAGGGCGCAUGGAGGACAAAGACACCACCUACACCGCGAAUCAAAUCUACGCAAACGCCAACGCCGACUUCCAGCGCAAGAUUGUGGGCCUACAUAAGCAAGGCGCCGCGCCGAAGGAGUACCUCGCCGCCUGCGACCAGGUGCGCGACACCGUCCUCUGGAAUCUGGGCAUCUACCUCGAAGAUCGCGAAGGACAGCCGGCCCUCGUGCGGCCUUUGUCCGCUUCUCUGCGGCAAGAAAGGCAGGAGCGCGAAGCCAAGGCCGCGGAGAAGGCUUCCAAAUCGGCGCAGAAGGACAAUGCGAAGGCGGAUAAGGAGGCUGCGGACAAAGAACGGCUGGAGAAGGGUAAGUUGGACCCCCUGCAGAUGUUCAGGACGAGCGAGUAUAGUGCUUGGAAUGAUGAGGGGCUGCCCACGAAGGACGCGGAGGGGAAUGAUGUUACGAAGAGUCGGAGCAAGACGCUCAAGAAGCAGUGGGAGGCGCAGAAGAAGUUGCAUGAGAAGUGGAAGGCUGCGGGUGCUACCGGGGCUUAG